AUGCGGAGCUUGCGCGGCGCCUGGUGUGUGCUGCUCGCGCUUCAGACCGCGCGCAGUGACGCAUUUUGCCCCCCGCCGGGAGUCGUGCCUGGAGUGCAGCCUCUCGGCCAUGGCCGCCGUGCGCCGGAUUUUCUCGUCGUUGGCACCGUGAAAGGAGGCACGUCCGCCCUGGGCUGCGCCGCCGAAGCUCAUCCCUCAAUCGGAAUGCUGCGUAUCGAGGCACCCAUCUACGAGUCGCACUUCUUCAAUGGUAACGCCUCGUUCUACUCCAACUGGGACCGCGGUCAGGCGUGGUACGAGCGGUCAUUGGACGGACUCAAGGCGCACGACAUGACUGCGGCGUCGCUCGUCGGCGAGAAGAGCCCGGAUUACCUCUGCGACCCGGAGGCUCCGAUGCGAAUCUUUAGCCUCUACCCCCGUGUGACGAUCAUCGCGUUGCUGCGCGAGCCGGUGGCGCGCGCAUACUCGCACUGGAACAUGAUCAAGCAGCAGCACGUGAGUGGCCGGUACAUCCUCCACCUGCAACGGUACGAGAAGCUCUUCCCGCGCUCUGCACUCAACGUCUUCAUUUACGAGGACGGGCCGCCUGCUGCCCUCGGCCAAUCGCCACCCGCGCCUCACGCACAGGCCGUGACGCGCUGCCGGCUGCAGCGGGACUACGCCCCUUACAACGAGCGGCUCUACACGUGGCUUGGCCUGCAGCCUAGAUGUGCACAUAGCGGCCGACGAGUAUCUGACACGAUUGCCACCUCGCCCACUUGA